GUGUUUCCGGGACAAAGAAGAGAUGCUACAACGUGCGGCGAGCUAGCAGGACUGCAGAUUCCCGCUCUUCCAGACCCGGCCGGCGGAGAUGGCCAAGCUUCAAGGCUUCGAGUUCUGGAAGCAGACCCUGAAGGAGGCGCGCUACGUGGUGGCUCCCAUGGUGGACCAGAGCGAGCUGGCCUGGCGCCUGCUGAGCCGCCGCCACGGCGCCCAGCUCUGCUACACCCCCAUGCUGCACGCCCAGGUCUUCGUCCGCGACGCCAACUACCGCAGGGAGAACCUGUACAACGAGGUGUGCCAGGAGGACCGGCCGCUCAUCACUCAGGCAGGUGGAUCUGACCCAGACUGUGUCCUGAAGGCGGCGCUUCUGGCCCAGGACUACUGCGACGCCAUCGACCUCAACCUGGGAUGUCCUCAGAUGAUUGCAAAGAGAGGACACUACGGAGUCUUGCAGGACGAGUGGGAGCUGCUGGAGAACAUGAUCAGGUUAGCCCACCAGAAGCUCUCCGUGCCCAUCACAUGCAAGAUCCGCCGUCUUCAGGACCUGGAGAAGACGGUGCGCUACGCCCAGAUGCUGGAGAGAGCCGGGUGCCAAGGUACUCUGCUGACGGUUCACGGCAGGACUAAGGACCAGAAGGGGGCGCUGACGGGCCUGGCGAGCUGGGAGCACAUCCGGGCGGUCCGGAAGGCCGUCAACAUCCCCGUGUUCGCCAACGGGAACAUCCAGCAUCUGAGCGACGUGGAGCGCUGUAUCCAGGAGACGGGGGUCCAAGGCGUCAUGAGCGCAGAGGGGAACCUGCACAACCCGGCGCUGUUCGAGGGCCGCAGCCCGCCGGUUUGGGAGGUGGCGGAGGAGUACCUGGACGUUGGUGAAGCAGCACCCCCCCUGCACGCUGUCUACGUACGAGCCCACCUCUUCAAGCUCUGGCACCACACGCUGCAGAUCCAUCAGGACCUCCGGGACGACCUGGCCAAGGUGAAGACCCUGGACGCUCUGGCGGACGUCAGCAAGCAGCGCGGGCUGCGCUGUCAGGAGGAAAUAACCAGCAGGAAGGAGCGUGGGGAGCAGGAGGAGGGCGAGGGGGGGCUGCCCCUCCCCCACUGGAUCUGCCAGCCCUACGUCAGACCGCCCCCGUCCCCAACGGGGGGCCCGGGGGGGCCGGGGGGGGCCGAGGACAGGAAGGCCUCCUGUCAGAAGAGGCUGCUGGAGGACUCGGACCGGACGGGAGACACGCUGUCCAAGAACAAACAGAAGAAGAUGUCCCGAAACCCCAACAAGAACUUCUGUCCUGAGCACAAGCCCAAGUACAUCAAAUGUGAGCAGUGCGGGAACCCAAAGGGAAACAGGGUGUGUGUCAGCCUGUGUCGAGGCUGCUGCAAGAAGAAGGCCUUCAAGGAGGUGGCCGACUGUCCCAGCCACGGGUUGAAGUUCAGAACCAAAGCGGAGAAGAAGCGUCGAGCCGAGGAGGAGGAGCAAACCACAGAGCCCCGGCUGCCGCUCUGAGCGCCGCCGGUCUCCAUGCUGGGGUCAUGUGACCAGCCGUCGGGGCAGCUGGGGUCAUGUGACCGGCCGUCAGGGCAGCUGGGUCACGUGACGCCGUGAUGGAGACCCCUGCUCAGGGCUGAAACAUGGACCUCCGGGACGACGAGUUACUGAGGCUCAGACCUGGUCGGAGCCGAGAGCCGCUCUGCAGAGUCCAGUCUGCUACCUGAAGACUCAGACUGGAACGAUCCAUGAAGUUCCUUUUUUCUGUGGCGUUUGGCAGUAAUGACAGAGAAGCGGAGCGGAGCAGGAGCCCCCAGGCUGUAGCGGUCUGGGACCUGCAGUCCUUGCUGCUCGGCCCCGGUCCUCCGGUGCGGCUCGUCCAGGUCUCUCAGCACGCCCUGAUUGCAAUGAGGAGCGGUGACCAGCAGCAUGAAGACGGGGUGGGACUGACCGCUGAGUGGAGCAGAGAGCCGGCUGAAGCAGCAGGACCGGGGCGGACAGCCCUGACUCGGUCUUCAGCAGGACUCAGACUCAGACGGUCGGGUUCAGGUCUGCCGAAAUAAA